AUGACUAGAAAUUUCCGAGAAAAACUAGGUGAAGGUGGUUUCGGCUCUGUUUACAAAGGAAAGCUUCGAAGUGGCCAUUAUGUAGCCGUCAAGCUAUUGGGAAAUGCUGACAAAAAUGACAAAGAUGUCAUCAAUGACAAAGAUUUCAUCAAUGAAAUCGGAACAAUUGGGAGGAUCCAUCAUGUCAAUGUUGUCCAACUUGUAGGAUAUUGUGCGGAGAGAUCCAAGCGUGCUCUUAUACUCGAUUUUAUGCCAAAUGGUUCUCUUGACAAGUACAUCUUCAAAUCGAAAAAUACAUCUUCACUGGAUUGGGAUAUGAAAUUCAAGAUUGCAAUUGGAGCAGCUCGAGGGAUUGAGUAUUUGCAUAGUGGUUAUGAUAUCAAGAUCUUGCAUUUUGAUAUAAAGCCGCAGAAUAUACUUCUUGAUGACAUGUUUGUCCCCAAGAUCACCGAUUUCGGGCUGGCAAAGUUAUGCUCCAUAGACAAGGACGCGGUGACGAUGACGGCUGCUAGAGGCACCAUAGGCUAUGUUGCUCCGGAACUCAACUACAUAAGUAUUGGCCCAGUGUCUCACAAGGCCGAUGUGUAUAGUUUCGGGAUGUUGUUGUUGGAGAUGGCGGGCGUAAACAGUGUUGAAGCGAAACAAAGAUGA